AUGGCGUCUAUGUUCGAGCAGCCGCGGGAGGGUACGCUGUUCCUGGGUGGACAGAAGAUUUCUGGAGCAGACAUCCGUGACCAGAAUGUGGUUGCCACGCAAGCUAUAGCAAAUGUUGUCAAGAGCUCGUUCGGCCCCAGCGGCCUCGACAAGAUGAUGGUGGACGACAUAGGAGACGUGACGGUGACCAACGACGGCGCGACGAUCCUCAGCCUUCUCGAUGUCGAGCACCCUGCCGGCAAAAUUCUGGUCGACCUCGCUCAACAACAGGACAAGGAGGUCGGUGACGGCACUACCUCGGUGGUGCUCAUCGCCGCCGAGCUCCUGCGGAGGGCGAACGAGCUGAUGAAGAACCGGAUACACCCCACGACGAUCAUCACAGGCUACCGCCUGGCCCUGCGCGAGGCGAUCAAGUACAUGAACGAGAACGUCAGCAUCAAGGUCGAGAAACUCGGGCGGGAGUCGCUCCUCAACAUCGCCAAGACCUCCAUGUCGUCCAAGAUCAUCGGCGCCGACUCCGAUUUCUUCGCCAAUAUGGUGGUUGAUGCGAUCCAGGCCGUCAAGACGACCAACAACAGGAACGAGACCAAGUACCCUGUCAAGGCAGUGAACAUCCUCAAGGCACACGGCAAGAGCUCAUUGGAGUCUCUACUGGUCAAGGGAUACGCUUUGAACUGCACCGUCGCCUCGCAGGCGAUGAAGACGCAUGUCAAGGAUGCCAAGAUCGCCGUGCUGGAUAUGAACCUGCAGAAGGAGCGCAUGAAGCUGGGCGUGCAGAUUACGGUGGACGACCCCCAGCAGCUAGAGCAGAUCCGCGCAAGGGAGUCCGGCAUGGUCAUAGAGCGGGUGGAGAUGAUCCUGAAGGCGGGCGCCAACGUUGUCCUGACUACCAAGGGCAUUGACGACCUCUGCCUCAAACUGUUCAUCGAGAAGGGUGCCAUGGCUGUCCGGAGGUGCAAGAAGGAGGACCUGCGGCGGAUAGCCAAGGCGACCGGGGCAACGCUGCUGAGCACCCUGUCGGACCUGAACGGCGAUGAGCGGUUCGACCCCUCGUACCUCGGCCAUGCUGAGGAGGUCGUGCAGGAACGCAUCUCGGACGACGAGUGCAUCUUGGUCAAGGGGACCAAGACUCACUCCUCGGCAUCACUGAUCCUGCGGGGUCCCCACGAGUUCACCCUGGACGAGAUGGAGCGGUCCAUCCACGAUUCCCUGAUGGCUGUCAAGCGCACCCUGGAGAGCGGGAGCAUCGUGCCAGGUGGCGGUGCUGUUGAGACGGCCCUGCACAUCUACUUGGAAGAGUUUGCCGGCACCGUCGGCUCUAGGGAGCAGCUGGCCAUCGGCGAGUUUGCACAGUCUCUCAUGGUCAUCCCCAAGACACUCGCAGUGAACGCUGCCAAGGACGCGUCCGAACUGGUUGCCCAGCUGCGAUCGCGCCACGCCCUGUCACAACGGAUGGCCGAGGGAGACGCCAGCGAGGACGAGAAGACAAUCGCCAAGAAGAAGGGCUACAAGAACUACGGACUGGACCUGAUGAAGGGCAAGGUCGUGGACGAGAUCAAGGCCGGCGUGCUGGAGCCGAGCAUGAGCAAGGUGCGACAGCUGAAGAGCGCGGUGGAGGCAUGCAUAGCAAUAUUGCGAAUCGACACGCUCGUAAAACUGGAUCCGGAGCAGAGGGGGGAGGAGGAUGAUGGACACGGUCACUGAGAAGGGGGCCAGGGCCCAACAAAAGGCUGCUGAGGGAUGAAGUGUGUGUCUUGUGGAGCCAUCCAUAGAGUCAAUAGACGUCGGACGUGGAGAUUGAAGAAAGAGACAGAGACAAAAAGAACAUGUACAUGAUCCGAG